GACGUUCCACUAACUCAUUUUUAUUUUACUGUAACAGUUUCAGCCAUUUUGAGAAACUUAAUUCUCCAAUUCUUUUCAAGCUAAAAAUAGUAUAAUAUAAUGAAUAUUUGUUGUCAACCAUUAACAUUUUUGUAAAUAAUCUAUAAUUAACACUCAAGAAAAAACACACAUAUGCCCGCCAACACACACACACAUAUGUAUACAUGUAGUAUAUAAGUGUGUAUCUGUUGAACUAAAGAUAAUUGGCAUCAAAUUAACGAUCAUGAUUUAAUAACUGUGGUAAUAAUCUAAUAAAGUAUGGAGGAAAUAUAUCCAAUCAAGUUAAUUUUGCCGAUUAACGGCAAGUCAGGGAAAGACCCGCGCAACAGCAUUGUUUUAAAAUGAGAAACGUUCACCGCGUCAAAAAUGUCGGAAUGUCAAAGCGAGUGCCGUUAGAGUGCGCGGGAGUGCCUCUCUCUGAUGUGCCAGUCCACUGUCGUACUGGAACGUUUGUACGUUGUACGUGCACGAAAACGAAAACAUUCGUUGUUGCUGAGUCGCUAGAAGAGUAGAAGGUACAAAGAAAGAAGCAUUACAAGAAAAAGAGGCAUUCACGACAUUUUGGACUCGAGCAAAUCAAAGACAUGUCUACGGGCAAUUUUGGUACGUAAUUGAAUCAAGAAUCUACGUAGAAGAGCCACGAAAUUAAGACUACAAAGCAACGAUACAGUGCAACAUCAUGGAAGUCACUCGUACAAAUUUCCAAAAUGUUCUGGCAGAACUAGAUGACGUUUUGCAAAAAGCGACCUUUCUAGCAAUUGAUGGUGAAUUCACUGGGUUGAAUUCUGGACCUGAUGCCAAUGCUUAUGACACUCCAGCUCAGUACUAUACUAAAUUGAGAAGUGGAUCUAUGGACUUUCUACUUGUACAAUUUGGCCUAGCUACAUUCACAUACAACUCAGAAACUAACAAGUACAGUCAGAGAGCGUAUAACUUUUAUGUGUUUCCAAGACCUUUUGACAGAUCAUCACCUGACUGCAGAUUUAAGUGUCAAGCUUCCUCCAUAGCUUUUCUGGCUAAUCAAGGCUUUGAUUUUAAUAAACUCUUUAAACAGGGAAUUCCUUAUUUAACAAAAGACGAGGAGGAUAAGUUAAAUAAGAAAAUGGAAGAGAAGCAAAAGCUACGAGAUGAAGGUUUAGAUCUUAUUCCAAUUUCUGACGAUGAUAAGCCUCAAAUUGAAGAAAUUUGUGCUAGGAUAGAUAAUUUUAUUGAAUCAGUAGAAGAAGAGCUUGUAUUAGACAGAUGUAACGCUUUUAUUAGGCGACUUAUAUAUCAGGAAGUACGACAAAGGUGGCCAGACAAAAUUAGGUUGGAAACAAAAACGGACACUGGAAGUAUGCCUCAUAUUAUUGCAUAUAAGCUAGGUAACAAGGAAGAUGAAGAACAAAAAGAAGCCGAUAGGCGGGAGAAAGAAAAACUUGAUGUACAAGAAGCUGUAGGACUUAGUGCUCUUUUAAGAAAAAUUGCCGAUUCGGGUAAGCUUAUUGUUGGACAUAACAUGUUACUCGAUUUAUGUCAUAUAGUUCAUCAGUUUUUCGGUCCUCUACCUCAAUGUUACUUAGAAUUUAAAUCUUUGGUACACUGCCUUUUCCCAAGACUUUUAGAUACAAAAAUUAUCUGCCAGUCGUCAAUAUUUAAUACUUCAGUACCUUCAGUUCUCGAUUAUCUAAUAGAUCAUUUACAAGCACCACCUUUUUCGAUACCCGAGAUGGAAAACGUAGAAAAUCGAAGUUAUAAAAUUUCAAAAGAUAAAUUGCACGAAGCCGGGUAUGACGCUUAUAUUACAGGACUUUGUUUUAUUGCAUUGAGUAAUAGAUUAGGUGCUAUACAUACGCCAUCGGAAUCGGUAGUUUUAGCAGAUUCUCCGCUAUUAAAACCUUAUUUGAAUAAGCUUUUAAUAGCAAGGUUGAAAGAUAUACCUUUUAUUAAUCUUGCAGGCAGAGAUCCUAAUCCAAAUAGAGAUCACGUCUUCCAUAUUACGUUUCCUAAAGAGUGGAAGUAUAGUGAUUUAACACAGCUUUUCAGUCCAUAUGGAGGUGCAUAUGUGGCGUGGUUAUCAGAUACCACUGCUUAUGCAGGUUUAUAUCAAAAAGAACAAAUCAGUGCUGUUAUAAAGGAUUUAUUCAAAUCUACAAAAUAUAAUUUACAAAGAUAUAAGGAACAUCAAGCAAGUUUACAGAACGAAAAGCCAAUAAAACAAGAACGAAAACGGAAAAUUUCUGAAUUAGAAACUGGCAGCCUUGCUGGAUCUAUUGGGUCUUAUUGUAGAAUCAUGUAAAACGCCUAUUGAAUUUGGGCAGUAACUUGACAUCGGAUGCACGUCAUCUCAGCCAUAAGUGUGUAGAGGUUCAAGAAAGUCCAUAUAUAAUUAUAUUUUUGUUAACGAAUAGACAAAUAUUGAAAUAUUUGUGUGAUAAUUAUUAAGCAUUACGCUUUUAUUUUUAGUUCAUUUUAAAUAAGUUUUUUUAUUUACAUUUGUAUAAUUUCACUUUUAACACGUGAUGAUUCAAUUAUUAUAAAUGGAAAUUUUAUCGUACCAAAGUUGAUUUAUCAAAUAGAAUAUGACGGAAUAUAUAGCUUUUUUGUUCCUCGAUAAAACAAAAAUUUUUUUAUUUUUGAAAACAUUACUUUUUAAACACACUUUGUUACUUCGCUUUAUAAUUUUCAGAAGAAAAUUGAUUGAUAUGUUCUGAUACAUAUUAUGUACUUGUA